UGCUGGCUUGCGACUUAAGGCUGUCAUACACAGAUCGUUCAAUGUAUGGGUUUGUCUGCCGAUAUGACGCUAUCGCGUGCGUCUCUUCUAGAGACAAAAUCUUUGUUCAGACUGAAAUCGGUGCGGAGAUCGUUCAUACUGUCUUAAUAGUGUGUGUGUGGGUCGACAACGAUAAUCGUUCAGACAGUCGUUCAGACAAUCGUUCAGCGUAUGGGGGCCUUAAGGGUUUAGAAGAAUAAGUGAAUAAAACAGUGAAUGGAGUGGGAAGGAAAUUUUUGGAGGCGCAGUUGCAUGACUGAAGGGAGACUGUGCAGUCAUACGUGAUAUGGGAUAAAGUGACUGAGAGGAAGGUGCGGAAGUAAGAGAAGGCGGGUGAUAAAAGAAGUGAGGUGAAGGUAAACACAUGAAGAGGAAAAAAGUUUACUGCUAGAAGUCUCAUCCUUCAUGAAGUUACACAAGAUUUGUCUGCAGUCCACUAGGUUACUUUAUUGCAAGUGUUACCCUUGAAUAGAUAUCUGCCUGCCUUCUUUCUUAAUGAAGAUGGAAGUAAACAAACUAAAAUUUUGGCAGACGGAGAUCUUCGUCGUUCUAUGGCUGUCAUACGGUGCAACGUAUUUUCUUCGGAAACCACUGGCACUCAUCAAGGACGACCUUCAGUCUAGUAUGAAUUUGACCUCAGCUGACCUUGGAUGGGUGGAUACUUCCUUUUUGUUACCGUAUGCAUUGGUGUCGUUGACGUUCAGUCACCUUGGGGACCGCUAUGGUCCCCGUCAUACACUGGCUGGCGGUCUGUUGAUCACAGCAGUUGCGUCUGCCUUUAUUUCUUAUUGUGAUUCGUUCGUUUUGAUGUUGGGACUACUUCUAGUCAGUGGAGCAGGGCAGUCACUGCUGUGGCCAGCAGCUUGUUCUCUCCUGUCCAAGUGGUACUCGGACGAUUCGAGAAACUCGAUUUUUGGGAUGUUUGGUACUUGCUGUUUCGCUGGCGGCUUGGCAGGUACUGGGUUAGCCGUGUGGGUGCAGUCCAUGUAUGGAUGGAAGCUGAUAUUCAUCCCUCCAGCUAUCAUCGUAUCGAUUUUAGGAGCUCUGUGUUAUCUCGUUGCCUACCCACCAGAAGCACGAGGGAUAAGUGUACCAGGAAGAGAAGUGGAAAGCACCUCUCCGGAGGCCCCUAAGCCUCAGUCAGGCAAAACAUCCUUUUUAUCCCUAUUCUGGAUUAACCUCGUACCAGAGGUAUCCUUGUCUAUGUUUUGUGUCAAAGCAGUGCGCUAUGCUCUCAUGUUGUGGCUACCUUUGUAUUUCUUAAGGUCUCUUGAAUAUUCAAAGGUGAAUGCGGGAUUAGCUGCCACGGCCUUUGAAAUUGGCGGCGCUGGCGGUAGUGCUCUCCUUGGCAUCGUUGUCGAUAAGUGCAUGAAAGGAAAAGCUCUUCUGGUAGCAGCCAUUUGCAUCGGGGGAUCGGCAGUUACUCUGAUCCUGUUCAUGCUUACGUCGUCGUGGGGUCCAAUCUUUCAUACCCUCUUCCUGGUCUUAGCGGGUGCUCUGAACUGCGGCCCAGACAUUCUCUUAGCAGGAUCCGUUGCUGCUGAGAUAGGGGAGAGAGAAGGGGGAGUGGCUCUAGGAGUCACGGGAGUGGUCAAUGGGAUGGGGUCUUUAGGGACAGUCCUCGAAGGUCCGAUGGUAUCGUUUGCUGCAGCUUGGUUUGGCUGGUCCUCCAUGGUGCCUCUGAUGAUAGUGCUGUCGUGUGUCGGUGCAGCUGCGAGCUUCAGGGCGAGUGUGUUGCAUGACAAGCUGUCUGCAACAACCGCAAAGCGCCCUUUGGUAGAGACUGAAAUUGUGUGAUUCUCCUUUCUGGUGAUCAUUUUAACUUGGCUGUGUAGAUUAUGAAAAUGAGGAAGUAUUUAUAUGUAUUUAUAUUUAAAGUAGUUUUUUUAAAGAAAAUUUGAUUCCUUUUUUACACUGAUUUCAGGUCAAAUAACUAAAUGCACAAGAGUUGCCAAAUUUAAGUAUGCUUGUUCCUAAGUGCCUUAUGAUGAUCAACCAAGAGGGAAAUAUAAGCUUCAUAGCAACUAAACCAUAUAUAACUGUAAAGGAAGUAUCAUAGUUUUGCAUGAUUUAACUUAUGUUCUAUGUUGCUUUUCCUAUGACUAAAUGCACAAGAGUUGCCAAAUUUAAGUAUGCUUGUUCCUAAGUGCCUUAUGAUGAUCAACCAAGAGGGAAAUAUGAUGAGCUUAAUAGCAAUUAAACUAUAUGUAACUGUAAAGGAAAGUUUCAUAGUUUUGCGUGAUUUAAUUUAUGUUCUAUAUUACUUUUCUUAUGGCUAAUUGCAAGUCUAUUUAUCUGAUUGAUUCUAAUGUUUACUUUGGCCGAAAUAACUCCCUAAGCGUCAGAUUCCUCUACCCAUCACUGUCUCUUGCACUCUCAGGCAGACCAACUCCUGCACAGCGAUGCCGUUUCUUCUUCACAACAUUGGCUUUUAGCAGCGUUACCAUAAGCAGUUCUUCUGAUUUUUUUACGUAACUUAUGAUUUAAUGGUUAGAAUGCGUAUUUUCCGAUGUAGAAUUAUUUUCCGUGACGUAAAAGAACUACAUGUCACUAGCUUAACAUAAAGUAUUUUUGACGAAGAAAAAUAAAGAAUUUCAAUAAAAUUCAUUUCUUUAAAUAAGCAGGAUAUAUUUUAUAACUUUAUUUUCAUAAUAAAACAUAAAAAGGCAAAGUGAAGAAUUUUAUUCCUCAGUGCCGUGCCCUGUGACGGAAAAGCCACGGAGGGUUGCCAGAUGUCACCAGAAAGUCACACUCUUCGACAAACCUUUCAGGCUGUAAUCGAAGAACGUGUCCUAUCCAACGCCACUGAUCUGUCAAUGGUCUUUGAGUUAUAUGAUGAACAUCUGUGAUCUCUCUAAUAGUUUCGCUGAGAAGGUGAUCUUGCUAUUUAACACCCAGCAUUCUCCGCUGGUAUAUUUCCAAAACUCUGAAACGUGUAAUCUUAUUUUAUCAUCGUAUCGAGAUUCCGUUCAAUAGACUAAAACUGGCAUCGCAAAAAAAAGCAUACUUCUUAGUGUGUGAUGUAAGCCUGUUUGAUAACUAUAUGUUACUGAGCAUGUCAUUAGCUUGCAUCCCCUUCAGUCUAUCUGCAAAUUCGUUUUCAAGAGAUUUGUCAUUUCUAAUAGUUCUAACUAGAUACUUAAAUGGGACAGCAUCAUAGAUGGUUUUACUAUCCGUUCUCACAACCUUUGAUUUCACAGCGCUGAUUUUAAGAGCAAUAUCACUUGCCAUUCGCUUCACUUUGUUAACAAAUGUUUGUAAAUCUUGUACACUUCUACACGCAGGCUUCCCCCUUAGCUUUUCCGAAGGCUGAUCAUCCCAGAUUUCCUCUGAAUUCUUCUCUCGAGAUAAGAAAAUAAGAGCAUGUGCCUACAGCAACUAAUAUAGUUUUCUAAAAGUGAAGGACAAAUAGUCUCAGGUCUCAACGUUUCCGGUCAUGAACGAUUGUCAACUGUUUGUUUUGAAAUAAACUUAGGGUUUCGUCAUUCUAUCCUUUACUUUAUAUUUCCUACUACAGGUUAAAGUUCGCAGUUCCUAAAGACAAAACCCAUAUGAUAGGACAUUUCAUCGACCUUAUCAGAAUAAUUGUGGUGAAUGAAAAGUUGCAGCUGGAACAAUAAUAUUGCACAAAAUCACUCAACUGACGCUUAGAGGAUUUUCAUGACGCGAUUAAAAUAAUCAAACAUCAAUUCAGAUCUAAUGUCACGCGCUCUCCAUAUCUCCCUUUGUUAAAUCAAGAUAUAAAUGUUGAAACAAUCAUGCAUACAUGUUUAUAUAAGCACACAACUGUGCAUGCGCGCAUGAGUGUUUAGUAAGUGCAGUUUUGGAGUUACAUGUAUAUUCUGUUUUCUGUGAAUCAUACAUAACUUUAAUUGAAAACCAAAGACUUUGUUGAUUUCAUAUCUUAAUGUUUUAUCGCAUUUCGUUUGUCAACAUUUUAACCUAAUUUUCCAUAUGAUUAGAUUCAUUACAUCAAAUGAAUAGCCCUAGAAGACUGUUGUUUUUUAAUCUUUGCGUUUGUUUGAUUUCUUUUCUCUGAGAUAUAAUUUUUAUUUUAUAUUUAGACUCUUAAGACUGACUUAAUGGUUUAUGAUGUAUAUAAUUUUGUUCAGUGUCACGAUUGUCGUCAUCUAGUGACAGCAAUCACACGAAAAUUAUAGGUUUUAAUUUCACUGAGGGACGAAGACUCAUCUUCACUGAAACCAUUCUAACUGUCAAUGAUUUCCAAUUUCAUUUUGUAAAUUGAAAUGUGUGAUACUGGAAUCAUGAACUGUGAUUGACGCGCACCUCCUCUUCUGGAAUGUAUAUCUCCGUAACAGGUGUGAUAUUGAAGAUGAAUAAUAAAAGUGAAUAGAAUAAC